GCUGGCGUUCGGAGCGGAGGUAUAGAGUCGCUGUGCGCGCUUGCGUGGUUACGUGAGCGUGCGUGGCCCGCCGCGAAUGGUCCUCUGCUCUCGGACUUCGUGGUUGCUUUCCCCCAUGGAAGGCGUGCGCUGGGCUUUUCCGUGCGCUUCGUGGCGCCCCAGCCGGGCCGAGUGGCUCCUGGCGGCGCGUGCCGUGCAGCCCGAGGAGAAGGAUCGCAUUGGCCAGUUCGUUUUUGCCCGGGACGCCAAGGCAGCCAUGGUAGGUCGACUGAUGAUGAGGAAAUUAAUUGCAGAAAAAUUGAAGAUCCCUUGGAAUAAUAUACUCUUGCAGAGAACUUCAAAAGGGAAACCAGUCCUUGUGAAUGACUCAUUCAGUACUCAUCCACAUUUCAACUUUAAUAUCUCACAUCAAGGAGACUAUGCAGUACUUGCUGCUGAGCCUAACCUACAGGUUGGAAUUGAUAUCAUGAAGACAACUUUGCCAGGCCGAAGCUCAAUUCCAGAAUUCUUUCGAAUUAUGAAUAGACAGUUUACAGAGAGAGAAUGGAAGACAAUCAAAGCCUUUGAAGAUGGAUGGAACCAGUUAGAUACAUUUUAUAGGCACUGGGCAUUAAAAGAAAGCUUCUUAAAAGCCAUUGGGGUUGGAAUAGGAUUUAAACUACAGCGAAUCGAGUUUAAUAUAUCCCCACUGUAUCUGGAAGUAGGCAAAGUAUAUAGAGAAACAAAUAUGCUACUUGAUGGAGAAGAGGAAGAAGAAUGGGCAUUUGAGGAAAGCAGAUUGGAUGAGUACCAUCAUAUUGCAGUUGCUCUUAAGAAACCAGACGGAUUCAGUCCACAGAAUCCUCAAGUUCUUUCUCAAGACCAUCCUGAGCCAACUAUGUCACAGUUCACUUUUUUGACAUUUGAAGAUUUGGUAGCAUCUGCUAUCCCUUUGACCCCAGAAGAUCCUUUUUACUGGGACAACUUUUGCUCCAGACAAGAGGAGCCACUUCGAAAUAGUACAAGUUUGUGAUAAUGCUCAAGAAAAAUAAGUGAAAAAUGAAGAUUUUAAACAAUCCCAGGCUUACCAGAAAAUAGGUAAUUAAAGGACUCAAACGGUAUUUCAACAAAGUUGGACCAAUUCUGGGAGGUAAAAAGGAGCCACAAAUGUAAUAUGUGACCUAGAAACAGACCAGGAUGGGACAGUAGUGUAAGUUCACCAUUUGUAUUGCUGCAACUAAAUAACUUUGUGUAAAUUGUUUAAAAUAAGGUACUUUGGUCAAUAAGCAAGCAAGUAUUCGUUAAACACCUAUUAUGUGCCAGACAAACAGAGUGCUCUCUGCUGAGGAUACAAAGAAGAAAAUGCAACAGUUCUGUUUUAUACUGGAACAAAUAAAAAAUUUUAGUAUUUUUGUAAAUAAUGUCAUUACUUGUUAUUAAGCAUCCUCUUAUGGGUUACCAUGCAAAGCAUAUUGAAUAGUAAAAAUAAUUUUCAUAGUAAGACAGAUGUUGACAGUCUUUACGUAUAUUCCAAGGGGAGACAUUAAAAAUCAAAACUAUCUUGGCAUAUCUGCUCUUUUGGUCAUGGUAUUUUCCUAUCUGUAGUACCUACCUUAUUAGAUUGUGAUGAGGUUUAAAUGAAAUAAUGUAUGUAAUGUGUUUUGAAAACUUCAAAGUAUUAUUUUCAUGCCAGAUAUUAUUAAUUUAUGUUAGUCACCUGUACUUUUUUCAGGUUUUAUUACUUUAAUUUGUGUUUUUCUGAUUCUUAGUGAUUUUGAAAUUUUUUUCAGAUGACUGUCGAUAGUUUGCAUUUUUUGUUUUGUAAACUGUUCAUAUCCUUUACUUAUCUAAUAGGGUGUCACAGUUGAAAUUUAAUAAAAAAUUAAACUGAGGUAGAUCUCUGAGCAAGAUAACAUUUAUUAGUAGAGACAUGCUACCUGUCAAUAAAUGGGUCCAUGGCUUGCCUCCAUUUAUGCCAAAGAUUUUGAGGAAAACAACAGUUCCCCUUUAAUAGGGUUUUGGGGAGCACAGAACAAAGAACAGAACAGGGUGGAUGACAUCGUGGGAUUAAGGGGUACGUGCUUGGUUAUGGAGCUAAGGUUCAGGGAACGUCAUGAUUGGUUGGAAGUUUGGUAAUGCGGGCUAGCAACGAUUCCACUUCUUCUCUUAUGAAACUUAGAAGGGCUUAUUUUUUGAGUCCAGGUGCAAGAUAGCAGCCCAGACUUUUGGACAACAAACCUGACAUCCUUGAAGGGUAACUUGGUAGAGUAAAGAUAUCAGGCCUGACUCCCUUUCUUUCACACACAUUCCUCAAGGUUAGCAAAAUUCCUUGAGGCAAGAAGAGCUGGAUUUUUAAAACUUAACCCAUUAUAGAUCAGCUGAAUUCUGCACUAAGUUCAAAGACAAAGAACCAUGACUUAAAACAGUUACAGGACAAAAUCUACUACUUGUAAAUAUGAUUAAUAAGAAGAUUAUACAGGAUCAAUCUUAAUCUUCUCAAGAGAAUGUCUCUUAAUUUUAAAAAUUGCUUUUUGUCCUUUGAUAUCACACUUUUUAUCAGAGGUCUUUAAUGCAAGUUUUUUUUUCUCCCAAACUAUUUCUUUUUUUUCUUAAUG